AUGCUCCCGUGGACAUCAACAACACCAUGGCUCUGGCUCCCGUCUACAACCCCCACAUUCACCGAGCGCCACUCCACAGGGCGAAUCGUGCUCUUCCGGAAGACCUUCACUCCCUCUACACCCCUUGAAAAAGCCCUUAUCCACGUCUCGGCGGAUACACGGUAUAUCUUAUUCCUCAACGGCCGACGACUCCUCUUCGGUCCGGCGAAGUCGUAUCUCGAUGAAUGGAAUCACGAAACAAUCGACAUCGCGCCGUUUCUGCGGCAAGAAACGAAUGUUCUGGCUGCGAAGGUAUUACGAUACUCCCCAGCAAAGGAGGGGAAUAUGGGCAUGGCGAGGGGGCCAAUUGGGGGAUUCAUCCUGCACGAUACUACGGACUCUCUAGGGAUCUCGACAGUGUCGGGUUCUGGGUGGAAAUGUGUGCCUGAUGACAGCGUCCGCAUCAAGCCGAGUGCCGAGUGGAAUCGGGCGCUGGGGCCGCCAUUUAUGCAGAUUAAUGAGGAGGUCAGUGGGGAUGUGGAAGUUGGGAACUGGCUUGAUGCCGAUUACGACGACGCGGCUUGGUUUGACGCUGAGAGGGCCACUGUUAAGACGCCCAUGUUGCCCAUCUUAGAACCGUGGAGGCUUGUGCCUAGGUCUAUCCCGCUGUUUCCGGAGGCUGAGGGGCGUUUCUGCGGUGUAAUCAAGCCUGAGCCGUCUCACGACCAACCAGACUGGGAGGAUCUGAUAUUGAAUGAUGGGAUUGUGGAAAUCCCGACGGAUACAACCGCGACCGUGAUUCUGGAAAACGAGGAACUCAUCACGGCGUUCCUGGAGUUCAAAUUCAAGGGAGGUGCAGGGUCAACCAUAACAAUCCGCUGCGCAGAGUGCUUCGAGUACCCGCCACCAAAUGGAAACCCGAACCCCUUUGCGCGGAAUAAGGGCGACCGCGCUGAUACGAAUGGUAUAUUGGUUGGACCGGAGGAUACCUACACCAUCAACUCGAAUUCGACCGAAGAAGAAGGCGUGUAUGAGCCGUACUGGUUCCGCACAUUCCGCUACAUCCAGCUCUCAGUCCGCACCUCCUCAACGCCCCUCAAACUCACAGGGAUAAGCUACCGCCGAACCCACUAUCCUCUGAAUAUAAGCACAACCCUCCCCCUCUUAACAUUACCAUCUCUCGAAACCCGCAAAUGGAAAAUCAGCCUGAGUACCCUCCUCAACUGCAUGCAAGAAACAUUCACCGACUGCCCCUUCUACGAGCAGAACCAGUUCGCGUUCGAUUCUCGUCUGCAAAUGUUAUACAGCUACCAGCUCUCCUCGGACGACAGAUUAGCAAGAAAGACAAUAAACGAGUUCCAUGCCUCCCGCCGGCAAUCCGACGGCCUUGUCGAGACGCAUUUCCCCACGCCCUUUCCUGGGAUAAAUAUCCCCGUCUUCUCGCUUUCUUGGGUGCUCAUGGUGUACGAUUGGGUUAUGUACGCUACUGCUGCGGAUACACAUGAGGGGAAGCGGUUUGUGAAAAAGUUCCUGGGCGGGAUUGACGGUGUGCUGAAUUACUUUGAUUCUGCGAUUCAGAUGUCAGGAAUCGGCGAAGGAAUGGUCGGACGGUUCGAUGAGAGCUCAGAUGACGUCUGGCCAUUUGUCGACUGGACGGCGGAGUGGUCUUCUCUCGGGCCGGGAGGGGAUUUCAAGGGCCUUGCUGUGCCGCCGGCGUAUCGAAGAACCGGGAUCGCAAGCUACAAUAGCCUUUUCUACGCAUACGCACUGCAGAAAGCGGCGGAUGUGAAUGAGUUUGUGGGACGACCCGGAAUCGCAGAUGAAUAUCGAGAAAGAGCGAGGAGGGUCAACGACGCCGUAACCCGGCACUGCCUGCGCACGGAUUCAAACGGCCAGGAGGCCCUACUCGACGGGCCCGACUCACCCAUAUCCGAAAAAAGCCAGCACGUCGCGGUCCUGUCCGUUCUCUCCGGUGCCGUCACCGGUUCCCGCGCGAUGACCCUCCUCCGGCAAGCCCUCCACCCGUCCACGAAUUCGGGGUACGUCAAGUGCUCCUACGCGCACUCGUUCUACAUUCUCGAAGCCGCUGCCAUGGUCGGGGUAUACGAUGGACUGAGAGAUGUCUUGCUGCGGCCGUGGAGCGAUAUGGUGAACAUGAAUUUGACGACGUGGGCGGAGAGCGCUGCGAUGCCGCGGAGUGACUGUCAUGGGUGGAGCUGUGUGCCGAUUUACGAUGCGGUUGUUGAUGUUGUGGGGGUUAGGCCGGUAGCUCCCGGGUAUAGGCGUGUGAGAUUUGAGCCCAGGGUUGGGAUUUGGGGGGAGAGCGGGGAGGCGGUGGUUAAUGUUGGGGUUGGGGGUGAGGCCAGGGCGGUUAGGGUUUCUUGGGGUGAUGGGGUGGUUAGGGUUAGUCUUGGGUUUGAGGGCGAGGUUGAGGUUCCGGUUCCUAGGGAUAGGCGGGAGGGUGUUGGGGAAGUGCAGUAUAAGGUGAAGAAGAUGAGGAAGGGCGAGAUGCUGACUCUGCCCAUGCAAGUAUAG